AUGGCUUUUAACGCUAAGAAUCUUGAAUACAACAAGCAGGAGCCUGCCUUCCUCCGCAAGCUAAGAGGAGAGGUUGGCGGCGUCGAUGGAAGACACAACAUUCAGAUUGCCCGUCCAAAGAAGGACAGAUUGAAGACCGGCGAUGAUGAUGAUGACCCCGUGAUUGUAGACGAGCAAGGUGAGCGGGUUGACAAGGAAGAAUUUGAGCGGAGGGUGAAGGAAGGCAACACUGCUACUGAGCUAGCUGGGACUGAGGAAGCCGCAGCCGCAACCGAGACCGACGUCAAGGGAGAUGGAGAAAGGGAGAGAGCAAACGAGAGGCAGAAGGUCACGGAGAUAGGGGUUUCAGGGAACUUGAAGAAGAGGAAGGCUGGGAAAGUCGUGGGGGCCGAAGACGAGGCCGAGGGCGAGGCUAAUGACGGAGCCGACAGUACUGCAAGUGAUGCAAAGCAAAUUGCACGCUCAAAGCCCGCACAGAGUGAAACCAAGCCGACCAAGAAGAAAGAGUCAGGUGCUGCGAAGAAGAAAGGGAAGAAGAUCAAGCUAUCGUUUGACGACCCAGACGGUUGA